CAACUAUUAUUGAAUCAUGCUCACUGACCUUAAACUUCAGUAGUUGUGGCUCUGGUAAAACAACGUCAAUAUUUUGGAUUUGUUGAUGAGAAAUUAGAAAAUUAUUGGUAAUUUAAUUGUAUAUUAAACAAGGAGGAGAUCCUUGCUUUCAACUUUAAAAGUUCAUUAACGCAAAUAGAACUUUUGUUUGUAAACAAUGCCGAAAAUUGAGAAAGUGAAAGUAAACGUUAAGGAGCGGGUGGACGACAAUGUUUGUGAUUUGAGCUUGAGCGGUAUUAGCGAGAUUCCAGUGCGUGAAAUUGCUUCCUUUAAACGAGUUAGUGUGCUGGAUCUAUCAAGUAACUGUAUCACCUCUUUGGGAAAAAGUUUCCUUACGCUCAUACGGCUCGUCAAACUCGAUCUUAGCAAAAAUCAAAUCCGGUAUUUACCAGAAGAGUUUGGUUUGCUUCGUAAUUUGCGUCAUUUGGACUUGUAUGACAAUAAGUUGGAGCAUCUACCUCUAAGUUUUGGUUAUUUAACAAACUUGCGAUACUUGGAUUUGAAAGGAAACCCCUUAACACCCGCUCUGGCAAAAGUAGUUGGGUUUUGUCUCACUACGAAAGAAUGCCAGGAUUCAGCCAAAAACACUGUGAAAUUCUUGGCUCGAAUGCAAGCUGAAGCUGAAAAGGCUAAACAACAAUUUCAACUUCAGGCGCUAAACACUACUGCGGCUUUUAGUGAUUACAUUAGCACCGAAGAAAAACCACUUGAAAAUCAAAAAUCAAAAAAGUCAGCUAAGAAAGCUAAAUCAAAGUCAAAAAAAUCCACCGCACACAACAAUAAUAAUGAUAUAAGCCAUGAAGUAAACAUUGCACCAGUAAACGUUAAUAAUAAGACAACCAAGUCAAGAAAGAAUGCAAAUGGGCCAACGAAAAAGUCCAUCUCGAAAUCCAGCACAGCACUUACCACAGUUUUCACGUUUUUCAUGCUACUAGCAAUAAAUGUUUUAAUAAUAUAUAUAAUUAUGUUUAAGAAUCCAGAGAUUGCAGAUAAAUUGGUCGAGACUAUUCCUCAUCAAUAUCGUGAUUGGAUAUUGACCAAAACGGAAAUAUUUCGUCUUCGUGUCACUGAUUGGAUUUCGGAAUUUCGUACACCACCACAGGAACACUGACGGUUCAUUUAUUUGAAGCCGUAGGUCAUGUAACGAGCUUCAAAUAUGAAUGUGUAUGAAUACCAUGCAAAACACUGCAAAUAAACAAAAAACACCAAAAAUUGAUAAGUGUCGAAUGGAAACAAUAGAAGCAGCAAUAAUAAAUGCAUGCACACACGCUUAGCAGUUAGCUGUUUUACCUGAGGAUUCCGCCGCGUGCAACCAAAGAUCGUUCUAAUUAUAUGCAUAAGUUGAAAACUUGUGACUUUAAUGUGAAUACCGUAAGAAAAGGCUGCAAAGUACUUUCAGUAAAUAUUAGUUAAGGCUUUUUUACUGCCAAGAAAAUCAAUUGUAGAAUUAGUUUCCACCAUUAUGAAUUUACUUUAAGCAUCACAUCAUUAAACCAACCACAGACUUUGUUUACUAUCCGUAAUCCUCUCCAGCAGAUGCAGUCAGAUAAAAACUAAACUAUUUCAACAACUGCAGACUACAUAACUAUAAGGCUACUCAGUUUCAACUAUAUUAUAACAAUAUCAAUUACUGAAUAAACUUCAACAGUUCCACAUUAAUGAAGAAACUACUACACUCACAGAAAUCCUAAGCAAUAGACUAAAUGCCAUAGACUACAUACUUAAAUACAUAUAAGUAAACUAAAAAAUUCAAUAAAGCAAAGCUGCCAGAUAUCUUUAAACCUCUUCAUAUAUUCAUUUAAUAAUUCCAUAGCCAUAAUUGUAAUUCUUUAAGAAUCCCCCCACAUAUAGCUUUUUUAAUUA